AUGUAUGACGGGUCCUUUGAUUUCGACAACGACAUCGACAACGACGACGAGUUGAUGGCCAUUCUCCACAACGACUAUCCCGUUUUUGAGCCCUGCCCACUACCCACAGAGGAGGACCUCGACGAUGCCGCCAUCUUGGCCGAGCUCAACUCUCUGUUUGAUCCAUCAUCUCGCUUCCUCAAAGCCUACCUUGGUGAGACUGCGUUGCCGCCCGUCGAUGGUGUGCUGGACGGGUUGUGGCUCGUCCCGCCCCCGGAGCGCGUCCUCCUGACGCUCCAGUCCCAAGAUGCCAGCGCCGUGGCUCGCCAUCCCUGGGCCGCCGCCGAGGAUCCUACGAGACGCAACGACCGCGCAAACCACCUCCUGACAAGAUGGCAGCGCCCUUCCGGCACAAACAUCCUCGCCGCCAUCCCCGACGAGCCAGACGUCUUCUCGCCAGACCUCCAGAACCCCUGUCCUCCCUGCCGCGAGCCCACGGGGCCCGACGACACGAGGGAGACCUGCCAAACGCCCUGCCCCGACCAGAACGCCGUCUGCGCGUCCCGCCACCACCUCUUUGACCCAGCCGGCCCCCGCCCCGUCUGCCCAGCCUGCGACACGCGCUCCGUGACCGACACGCUCCACGGCCCCAACCGCCUCACGGGCGCCGACAUGCUCUCGCUGCGCACCUACGCCUGCUCCCACUGCACGAGCGCCGAGGCCCAGACCACCACCGACAGCAACACGACCACCACCAUCGCCCGCGGCGCCCAGCACCCGCUGACGGGCUGCCUCUGCGGCACCAAGCUCCUGGGCCGCCCGCUCUGCGCCGCCCACCGCGCGACCCUCGCCGCGCGCGUCGUCAUCCAGGCCGCCCUCGUGCGCGAGUGGCAGGUCGUCAACUUUGCGCCGGACCAGUGCAUGUUCUGCAAGGCCCGAGGCGGCGGCACGUCGGCUGUUAUGCCGGGCCGCGACACACCGAGCGUGUUCCACUGCAGCGUGUGCGCGCGCGUCGUCGAGGACGGGGGCCGCAUGCCGACGCUGUUUCCGGGGUACGAGGGCUGGGCCGCCGGCGCCGGGGCCGCGGCGUUUCGGGCCAACGAGGGGAUGCCGCUCGCAGCGAGGGUCCCGGUUUGGGGGGCUCGGGGGUCGGGUCUGUAG